CGUCGCUCGACCGCUACAGCGAGCGGACGUAUGCUGCACUGGUAGCUCCGCGGCCGCGAGUGCGUGAACUCAAAAUUCGAUUCGUGCUAAUGUUCUAAUACGUGAUUUAUUAUUUGACAUUUUUUUACGUGCUCGCAAUAAUACCGCUCGAGGGACCAUCGUCGAUGGAAUACCUAAAACAUAAUACCAAUGCGAGAUGAUUGCGUUGCGGGAUAGAGAAGCGAUCUGCCACCAUGUAAGAUUGUAACAUGAAUCUGAGCAGCGUGAUCUUGUAUAUCAUAGGCCUCCUCUGGCUACAUCUCACUGACGCUAAGAUUGGUUACUUCUGGCACAUCACAGAUCUUCACUAUGACCCGUUCCACAAUUCACCAGAAUUUCACAGAGGCUGCAAGCACAGCCGCGGCACCAAUGAGCACAGCCACCGCAAUGGCCGACACCGCGACCACACCUGCGACAGCUCCUGGGCCCUCAUACAGAGCGCCGCUGCGUUCAUGUCCGAACGACACCCUGACACACUGGAGUUCGUGCUUUGGACAGGAGACAUCCUCUCUUCUUCGAUGGAGCAUAUGAGUGAAGAAUUCAAACUAGAAGCAGUUAGGAAUGUAACGGACGUGCUCAGUAGGACGUUUAGUAGUCAGUUUGUGUUCCCAGCGUUGGGCCAUAAUGACCCACCGCCGUCGAGGCGUUUAGUGGAUAUGUGGAUGCAGUGGUUGCCCACGGAAGCACUCCGGACUUUUGAAACUGGAGGUUACUACACAAUAGAGCAGUCACAUAGCAAGUUAAGGAUAGUGGUGCUCAACAGCGUCCUGUGGGCGGGAGGAGCUGCGAGGAGUGACGGGUCUCACUCUCAUCGCGGCAGAGCUCAGUGGGACUGGCUAGAAGACGUCCUCCUAGAAGCCAGAAAAAAGAAAGAGAUGGUGUACUUAGUUGCUCAUGCCGGACCAGGGGUGGAGGAACGCCACAACGCAGGCAGCUCCUCGGCAUCAGGAGGGGGGGAGCUGAUCCCCUCUGCCAACGCGCGGCUGCUGCAUGUUAUAAAAGGCUUCAGCGACAUCAUCGCCGGCCAGUUCUACGGCCACCGUCACGCCGAUACGUUCAGACUUAUUUAUAGAGACGGUCGGCCUGUGUCGUGGGCCUUGUUAGCACCGUCUCUGACGCCUCGAGGUGCUGGCAGUAUAUCUAACCCGGGACUAAGACUGUAUAAGUUCGAUUCUAAUACUGGAAAGGUAUUGGACUACACUCAGUAUUACUUAGACGUAACCAAUACCAGGGGCGAAGCCCACUGGGCCGUAGAGUAUAACCUGACACAAUAUUAUGGACUGCGAGAGGUCAGUGCCACCUCUCUGGAAGCGCUCGCAGAAAGAAUCCGGAACCACAACGACAGAGGAGUAUUUGCAAAAUACCUCACUGCGUUGCGCGUCCGUCACUCUCAAGACAUUUCCGAGUGCGAUUCGGCGUGCGUACACGUGCACUACUGCGCGAUAACGCGCGCCGACUACCACGAGUUCCGCGCGUGCGUCCGCAACCCCGCGUCGGCGCUGGCGUCGCGCGCGGCUCACAACUCCGCCGCCAUCUUUGUAUACGCCAUCUUGAUUGUUUUGACGUCAUAGAUCCCGCUCCGGCGCUGGCAUGGCGGUGCGUGCGGUUCAGGACUCUGGCUCUGCUACCAACUUGACCUAUGCUAUCUAAAUUGUACUGGCGUCAUAGAUCCCGCGCUGUCGCUCCAAACUCCAUCGCUAUCUUGGUCUAUGCCAGCUGGAUUGCAUUGACAUCGUGAAUCCCGCGUCAGCGCUCAAAACUCCGACACCAUCUACGCCAUCUAGAUAGUACUGACGUCAAAGGUCCCGCUUUGGCGCUCAAUGUGCUGAAGUCAUAGAUCCCGCGUCAGCUUUCAAAACUCCGGCGCCAUCUUGAUCUACGCCAUCUAGAUUGUACUGACGUUAUAGAUCCCGCGUCGGCGCUGGAGUCGCUCGCGGCUCUGAGCUCCGCCGCCAUCUUCCAUCUUGAUUUUAAUGACGCCAUAGUUCCCGUGUGUCAGCGCUGGCGCUUUAAACUCCGCCACCAUCUUGAUUUUAAUGAUGUCAUAGAUCCCGCUUCGGCACUAGAAUGGCGUUUCGUUCGGUACAAGAUUCUGCCGCCAUCUUGAUCUACGCCUUCUAGAUUUUGCUGAGGUCAUAAAUUCCUUUGAGUGUUUCACGGCUAGUUCCAAUAAUAAACGUCCAAUAAAAGGUAAGGAUAACAGGCUAUCGUUUCUAAGUAAUAGUCUACACUACAAAGCUCUAAUAGGCUUAUAGGCUCUCACCGGCGUUUGAUUAUUGUAACUCGCCGUUGACAGACUUUUGGUAUGGAGAUUACAGAUUAAAUGUCACAAAUUAAUGAAUAGCUGUGUUUAAUAAUAGCAUGUAUUUAUUAAUGCUUUCGUUUUGCGUUGUAAGCAUAAGAAAAUCUGUCAGUUAUAAGCAUACGAAGAUGUAUACGUGUAUUCAAAUUGAUUAAAUGUGAUUUGUUAUUGACCACUGCCUACGCCUUUGUAAUUCACCGAUAAGAGUGAACAUUCCAAAUUUAUAGAACAACUGUAAUAAGUAUGUGUGAGUAAAUUGAUCGUUGAACUUCAAAGUAUUGUUGGAAUAUGAAGAAACAAGUAUUAUGCUUCUUACUAGCUCAAUGAUACGUUCACUACAAUGAUACGUUUAUGGCACAUUUAUUAUUUCAUCAAUGGGGAAGAUGACUAACUUUUAGGUAGAUUAUGAAAAAUAUUGGACACCAAUUUUUUUUUUUCAUAAAAACAAAACAUUACAGAGAUACUAUAAUUAUUAGAAAUGUCGCAUGACUUGUGCAAUUAGUGUUGAUACAUUUUUUUAUUGAGAAGUGACGUCACGAGUCCCAAACAGACGGUUGGCCAAUUUUGGUCGCUUGAAAAAAUAAAAAAUAAGUGUGGAUUAUUUUUUGAUAAUCUAACUGACGGACUGAAUAGAAUUUCAUAUUUUAAUUUACCCCGACAUCAUCCCUAUCCAAAUAAAUGAACUGUCUUUAAUGAUUUCAUAUUUAGCACUGUAUUCAUAUUUAUUUAAAAGCCAAGUCUGUACUUAAUUAAAAUUGCAGUCAUUCAAAUUCUCGUUUUUUUAUUUAUUUAAACUUUAUUGCACAAGUGUCCAAGUGUCUGACUUAAUGCCAUUAGGCAUUUUCUACCAGUCCUACCAGUCAACUGGAGAAUUGUAGCAAAGAUCUUAAAAAGGUAGUGCAAAAAGAAUUCAUCAAAGUAUUGAUUAUAAUUAAAGUAAUUUUUUUUUUAUAUAAAUUAUAUAAAACCUGUUUUCUAUUUAAUAGAUGAUGUAAGUAAAAAUAUGUAUAGAACCCAUAAUCGUGGAUGUAUAAUUAGGUAAUAUCAUUAUAAUGUGAUUCUCGUCGCUAAUUUGAUUGUGAUAAAAUGAAAAUUUUGUAUAUAUAGAAAUGUAAGCGAACUGAAAGUCAAAAGUAAGUAAAUAAAUUAGGAUGUUUAACAAAGAUA